AUGUGGGCUGUUAUACUGUGUUCCGUUAUCUUCCUCUCGCUGUUCAGCGGCGCUGAACCUGCGGAUGUACCGAAAUCUUUUGGAUGUAGAAACUCCUUGAUUUCGGAUGAAUGGAGGGCGAUGGUCUUGACGUUCCAUAACGAAAAGCGCAGAACUGUUGCACGUGGAGAUCAAAAAAACAAAGCUGGAGAGGCAGACUUGCCUGCUGCUAAGAAAAUGAAUGAGCUGACAUGGGAUUGUAACAUGGAACGCGUUGCUACCGAUGAAGCUGCGAAAUGCGUGGACUACGCUAACAAUCAACUUGGAGUCAAUCAAAACACCUUUGCUGCUAGUAGUACUUGCAAUAUUACCGAAAAAACACAAGAAGUGCUUAACCAAUGGUGGGACGAGUUGACGACAAAUGGAUUAGGAGCCGAUCAGAAGUAUCUUGACGCCUCCAAGCUCGAUAAUUUUGCAAAUAUGGUCUACGAGGAGACGAAUGCCUUCGCGUGUAGUUUCGCGAAAUGCUCUAGCGACAUAAGACUGGUUUGCAUCUACAACAAACUUGGUAAAGAGAACGAUAAGGUGCUGUACGAAGCGGCUGCCGGUGCCGACACAGCGUGUGACGACUGUGCUGCGGGCUCAGAGUGCGUGGCCAGGCUCUGCCAACCUCCGUUCACCCUAGCUGCUGAGGAUCCACAGGUGUGUGCGACUGAUUCAAUGACGAACGAUAUGUCAAACAUGGCUGUGUAUAUGCACAACUACUACAGAGCGCUUUUGGGCAGUGGAUGGGCAGAAGAUAAAAUUAGUACGUAUGCUCCUCUGGCAAAAGCGAUGCCGGCAUUGAGUUACGAUUGUGCAGAUCUUGGUACAGAAGCGGCAGCUAGAGCUGCUGCUUGCAAGGAAACUCCUGAUGCUCCAACUGCAACACGUUCGCAGAAUCACUUAGCGAUCCAAAACGUCAACAUCGACCCGGAGGACGCUCUAAAGGAGAUGGCUUUUGAUCAGACGACAAAGGUCGGUUGCAGUGUUGCGAAAUGUCAAAAACCAGGGAUUCACUUUGGCUGUCUGCCAGUACGACAACUAGGCUUCCGAUUCCAAGAAGUCGGAAUGUCAAAUUUGUCGAACUCCUUCUCAGCUUGGGAGAUCCUGCCGGAGGACGAAGCUCCGCUGAGCAUCGCAGUUCGACGUCCUGAGUUACCUCCACGCCACUAUGAGGCGGUAAACCGUUGUGGAGGGCAGUUAGCUCGAGGAGGAUCCGAACGUGGACUACGACCUGCUCUUCAAAGGAUUCCUAGCCGAAUGUGUCUCAAACCACAAACAUGGAUCGAAUUUUGGAAACCACCAAGGAAUUGUCGGGAAGAUUUUGAAGGAAUCCAUGCCACUGGUCGCGGUGAUCGUGAAUGUUCUCACGAUUCCGAAACAGACAUGGGCAGGCCACGUGAUGGAUAUGGCGUUCUUCACUCAAUCCUUUGA